AUGCUUCUGAACAAUCCACAGCUAGAGGCAUGGAUCAUGAAUAACGCGCAAGAGAUCUGGCCUGCGCUCAGCCGCGCGGUGGAUGCGACGGAGAAGUGGCCCGGGUCUGAAGAACCCAAGGAGAGUGUACGUCUACCUUCAACUCGAACGGACAACUUACUUAUUCACCAAUAG